GGGAGAGGACGGCUGGCUCAGGAAACGAAAGUUAUUCUUUAAUCCAAAGUAACAAAGUUUCUCGACGUGGAGGUAUCCCUUUCUUUCCAGAGAAAAACACUUUGAUGCAAAAUUCCAGGAGCUGGAAACAUUAAGGUCUCCAGUCUACUAUGGAUGAGGAGGGAGAGGAGGGGGGUCUUACCUCUAAAACCACUCUGUCUGAGGAACAUGGCUGCCAGAGCAAAGCUAAGAGAGUCCAGCGGGAGAGAGUAGCCUCCCCUGGACCCAGCUGUGUCUCCAUGAAGAGUGACCACUCUAUGGAUCCACCUGUUACCUUUAAAGAUGGAAUUCGAUCUAUUGAAAAGAGAAGAGUCCAGAAGGAGAAGGCAGACUCCCCUGGACCCAGCUGUGUCUCCAUGAAGAGUGACCACUCUAUGGAUCCACCUGUUACCUUUAAAGAUGGAAAUCAUUCUAUUGAGAAGAGCCCAGAGCAGCAGGAGAGAGUAGCCUCCCCUGGACCCAGCUGUGUCUCCAUGAAGAGUGACCACUCUAUGGAUCCACCUGUUACCUUUAAAGAUGGAAUUCGGUCUAUUGAAAAGAGAGUCCAGCGCGAGCGAGAGGACUCCCCUGGACCCAGCUGUGUCUCCAUUAAGAGUGACCGCUCUAUGGAUCCACCUGUUACCUUUAAAGAUGGAAUUCGGUCUAUUGAGAAGAGAAAACACCAGGAGAAGUCAAAUGUUACCAGUGCUCGGUCUGUACAGCAGGAAACAGAGCUGAUCAAGAAGGCUGAGAAGAUUGCGCACGCUUUUCUAGCCAAGGAGCUGAAGAAGCUUUGGACGGUUCUCUUCCUACAUUCCCCACAAUGCUCAGAGAGUCAGAGGGAGGAGGAGGAGGUUGGUAAGAAGGAGGAGCAGAGGAGGCGCGCCAUAGAGGGAGUGGUAGACAUCACAAAGCUCUGCCUGAUGGAGAUGAACCAGGACAUACUAGCUGACACACUGUGGGGCGAAGCGAUUGCUGUUGAGUGUCAACAUAAACUCAAGUCUCAUCUGAUGAAGAAGUUCAGGUGUGUGUUUGAGGGAAUCCCUAAAGCAGGACAGCCAACAGGGCUGAAUGACUUCUACACAGAAAUCUACAUCACAGAGAGAGGCAGUGGAGAGGUCAACAAGGAACACGAGGUCAGACUGAUCGAAAGAUUUUCCAGAAGACCAGCCAAGAAGGAAACACCUAUUAAAUGUGAAGAUAUCUUUAAACCCCUACCUGGACGAGAUCAACCAAUCAGAACAAUACUGACAACUGGAGUGGCCGGCAUUGGUAAAACCGUCUUAACACACAAGUUCACUCUGGACUGGGCUGAAGGCAAAGCCAACCAUGACAUACAAUUCACAUUUACCUUCACUUUCAGAGAGCUGAAUUUACUGAAAGGGAAAGAGUUUAGCUUGGUGGAACUUCUUCAUCACUUCUUUAUUGGGACCAAAGAAGCAGGAAUCUGCAGAAACGACCGGUUCCAAGUUGUCCUCAUCUUGGAUGGUCUGGAUGAGUGUCGUCUUCCACUGGACUUCCAGAACAACCAGAUCUUGACUGAUGUCACAGAGUCCACCUCAGUUGAUGUUCUCCUGACAAACCUCAUUAGGGGCUACCUGCUUCCCUCUGCUCGCAUCUGGAUAACUACACGCCCAGCAGCAGCCAAUCAGAUCCCUGCUGAGUAUGUUGGCAUGGUGACAGAGGUGAGAGGGUUCACUGACCAUCAGAAGGAGGAUUACUUCAGGAAGAGAUUCAGAGAGGAGGCGCAGGCCAGCACAAUCAUCUCCCAUAUCAAAAAAUCACGAAGCCUCCACAUAAUGUGUCACAUCCCAGUCUUCUGUUGGAUCACUGCUACAGUUCUGGAGGACUUCUUCGAAACAUCCCAGAGAGGAGAAGUGAUGCCAAACACUGUGACUCGGAUGUACAUCUAUUUCCUGAGGGUACAGUCCAUACAGGGGGACAGGAAGUAUCAUGGGAGAGCUGAAACAGAUCCACACUGGAGUUCAGAGAGCAGGGAGAUAAUUGUUUCUCUUGGAAAACUGGCUUUUAACCAGCUGGAGAAAGGCAACCUGAUCUUCUACGAAGCAGACCUGGCAGAGUGUGGCAUCGAUAUCAAUGCAGCCUCAGUGUACUCAGGAGUGUUCACCCAGAUCUUUAAAGAGGAGUGUGGGCUGUACCAGGACAAAGUGUUCUGCUUUGUCCAUCUGAGCAUCCAGGAGUUCCUGGCUGCCCUUUAUGUCUUUCUGCCGUUCAUGGACACUGGUGACAAUCCACUCUCAGAAGAACAAUCAGCCACCGGGGAAGAUAAACUCCUCCUCCUCUACCAGAAGGCAGUGGACAAGGCCUUACAGAGUGAGAACGGACACCUGGACUUGUUCCUCCGCUUCCUGCUGGGCCUAUCUCUGGAGACCAAUCAGAUUCUCCUACGAGGUCUGCUCGGACAGACAAGAAGUAGAUCUCUGACCAUUGAGGGAAUAGUGUCUUACAUCAAGGAGAAGCUAAAUGGAGAGCUCUCUCCAGAGAGAAGCAUCAAUCUGUUCCACUGUCUGAAUGAGCUGAACGACCAUUCUCUAGUGAAGAAUAUCCAACACUGCCUGAAAUCAGGAAGUCUCUCCAAAGAAUCUCUCUCCCCUGCUCAGUGGUCAGCUCUGGUCUUCAUCUUACUAUCAUCAGAAGAAAAGCUUGACGUGUUUGACCUGAAGAAAUACUCUGCUUCAGCGGAGGGUCUUCUGAGGCUGCUGCCAGUGGUCAAAGCCUCAAAAACAUCUCUGAUGAAUGGCUGUCAUCUGUCAGAGAGAUGCUGCAAAGCUCUGGCCUCAGUUCUCAGCUCCAACUCCUCUAGUCUGAGAAAGCUGGACCUGAGUACGAAUGAUCUGCAGGAUUCAGGAGUGAAGCUGCUCUCUGCUGGACUGGGGAGUCCACACUGUACACUGAAAACUCUCAAGCUGAAUGGCUGUCAUCUGUCAGAGAGAUCCUGUGAAGCGCUGGCCUCAGUUCUCAGCUCAAACUCCUCUAGUCUGAGAGAGCUGGACCUGAGUAAUAAUGAUCUGCAGGAUUCAGGAGUGAAGCUGCUCUCUGCUGGACUGGGGAGUCCACACUGUACACUGGAAACCCUCAGAUUGUCUGGCUGCCUGAUCACACAGGAAGGCUGUGCUUCUCUGGCCUCAGCGCUGAGCUCAAACCCUUCCCAUCUGAGAGAAUUGGACCUGAGCUACAAUCACCCAGGAGACUCAGGAGCUGCGCUGCUCUCUGCUGGACUGGAGGAUCCACGCUGGAGACUGGACACUCUCAGAUGCCUGUAAACUCACAAUGGACCCAAACACAGCCAACAAACGACUCACUCUCUCUAAAGACAACACAAAGGUGACAGAGGUGGAGGAGAAGCAGUCAUAUGCUGAUCACCCAGAGGAACUUGACUCCUCUAGCCAG